AUGGGGAUCCUCGCCAACCUCCUCGUGCGCCUCUGCCCCGACACCGACCUCUCACACACCAUCUUCCCACCCACGUCGACGUACGACCCGGAGCGCGACGUGCCCGACUUGACGGGCAAGGUCGUCAUCGUCACAGGCGCAAAUGUCGGCAUCGGCUACGAGACAGCCAAGCAGCUCGUCCUCAAGAACGCCAAAGUCUACAUCGCCUGCCGAGACGAGACCAAGGCCCGCGAAGCGAUUCACAAACUCGAGGCGUUCGUCACGGAGCGCCACACGAAGGGCCAACUCGAGUUUCUCAAGCUCGAUUUGAGUGACCUCGAUGCGGUCAAGCAGGCGGCGGACGACUUUCUCGCCAAGGAGAAGCAGCUCGACUUGCUGUUCUGCAACGCCGGCGUGAUGAAGUGUCCGCCUGACCUGCUCACGAAGCAGAAUUACGACUUGCAGUGGGGAACGAACGUCGUCGGUCACUACCUAUUUUGCAUCCUCCUCCUCCCCGCUCUCGAAACCUCCUUCACCACAACCGGCACCAAGCCCCGCAUCAUGCACACCUCUUCCUCGGCGCACAAGAUGGCGCCCGGCGCGACAGGGAUCGAGUGGUCGACGCUCGAGGGCGGGGAGGCGAGGGACAGGACGUUGGAGAAGUGGGGAGGGUUCGCGGCUUCUUGGAGGCUCUACGGCCAAUCCAAACUCGGCAACAUCCUCGCCUCCAACAUCCUCUCCUCGCGCUACCCCUACCUCGUCAGCACCUCUCUCCACCCAGGCGGGAUCGCGACCGACCUCCAGCGCCACCUGCGAGGACUCGAAGCGCGCGUCACGAGCUGGCUUGUGUGGCCGGUCGAGAUGGGUGCUUGGACGCAGCUUUGGGGGGCGACGAGCGACGAGGGAGAGGGGUUCGGAGGAAAGUACCUCUGGCCAUGGGCGCGCCUCGGACGGCCCGACAAACGCGUUCUCGAUCCCGAAACGCAGAGGAAAGUAGAAGAGUACCUCGACGCGCAGAUCAAACCUUGGGUCACGAAGUAA